UUACUCUCCUGCUCUUUCCCAUCAUCCCAGGCGCCGGUCCCCCUUGCCUCUCUCUCUUCCUCUGCCGCCAUUGUGGUAGCAGGUGGUCGCGUUGGGCGAUGUCGUCCCACAAGACGUUCAAGAUCAAGCGGUUUCUCGCGAAGAAGCAGAAGCAGAACCGUCCCAUUCCGCAAUGGAUUCGCAUGAAAACUGGCAAUAAGAUCAGGUACAAUUCCAAAAGGAGACAUUGGAGGAGGACCAAGCUGGGCCUGUGAAGUGGAGCAGCUGUGACCCUCGCCACGCCCACCUCGCAGCAAGCUGUUGAGCCCCAGGAUGGCUCCUUUCUUAACACGGCCCUAUUUUUUUCCACAGCCCUAUUUUCAGGACUGAAUCUCCCCAUGUAUUACAUAUGUUUUUCUCCUCCUUUAAAACAUUCGUUCCCACCAAGAGUUUCUAGAGGAAUUAAAACUGAAUAAUGUGG